AUGGCUGUAGCUCACAGACAUUGGAUGCAACUAGCUGGAAUUUUAUUAUCUUUGCUAGGGUGGGUUUUAACUGGUUCCUGUAAUUACUUGCCAGACUGGAAAAAUCUCAGCUUAGAUAUAAAUGAACUGGAGACCUGGACCAUGGGAUUCUGGCAAACCUGUAUAGUCCAAGAUGGAACUGGAAGAACACAAUGUAAGGAUUUUGAUUCUUUUCUGGCUUUGCCUGCAGAGUUCAGGGUUUCCAGAAUUUUAAUGUGUACAUCAAAUGUGCUAGGAUUUCUGAGUCUCCUGCUCUCUUGUUUUGGUCUGGACUUCCUGAAGAUGAGAGAGACACAACAGCAACUCAAGAAAGGACUGUUACUGUUUGGAGGAAUACUUUUAUGGCUACCUGGAGCUUUGACCUUAGUUCCAGUUUCUUGGGUUGCCCAUGUUAUAAUACAAGAAUUUUGGGAUGAGGAUAUCUCAGAGAUUGUCCCCAGACGGGAAUUCGAGGAUGCGCUGUUUACUGGCUGGUUUGGUGGAUUCUUCAUAUUUGUAGGAGGGAUACUUAUGUGCACAGCCUGUUCAACUACAGAUCCUCCAUCAUCAGAACGUUACUCAAUGGCAGAAAUGCAGGAUAUUCAUCAACACUGGGAAACUGAAUACUGAAGCCUUUGGAGAAGGGUAGCAAGUGCUACCAGCUUCUUCUAAUAUUCUAACCCAAGAUAAGAUGCUUUUCAGUUCAAGACUCAGAGGCUUACGUAAUAUGCAGUGACUACCCAGAAGAUGAUGUCUCUCCUUACUUUUCUUCUUUUUUCAGUUUUUAAACUUUCAUGCCUUGACCACUAACCUUUAAAAUCCAUGUUCUUUCUGCAAGUCUGGUAAACUCAUUUUUUAAUCUAAAUUUUGAUUUUUGUUUCUUUCCAUCUAUGAUCUAUCUUUCUAUCUAAUGAUCUAUUUACUUUGAUGGUGUCUGUUUAUGGUAGAGCUUUAUAAUCAUUGCAGAUUUAAUGGAAAAGCCUGGCACUUCCUAGUUCUAAGAAUGUGAGGUAACUUUAAUGUCCUGAGCAGUGUGUGUCAAAUGGCCAAGUUUAAUUUAACCUAUGAAAAUAGAAACACCUCUCAAUAACUCUGGCACCUAACUCUUAGUGACUCAUGUUCUUAGUUUUGCUAUUUUUUUUAACCUAAUUUGGUAAGAAAGGGGUGAAUUUGCUGUGCCCAGAAAGAACAGGCAAGGAAGUUCGGUGUCCC